CCCCCGAUUGAUUCUUACGAUUUCCAAGUAGUUUUGUGUUAUCUUCUCUCUCUCUUUUGGGAAAAAAAGGGGUUUCAAUUCUGUUGGGCAUCGACUCACCGGGUUUUGAGGUUUUUCGUGGGCGGCUUUGAUCCUCGGUCGAUCCGAUCUGUGUCAGGCUUUCAUCAGAUGUUGCAAAACCCGCUCGCAACCGUAAUCGCAGCGUUAUUGUCAGCCGGAAACUGUCCUUUUCUUGAUCAGCGAACAUGGGAACCCGCGGCGUCGCCCUGCUGCUCCUCGCGGCGGUGCUGCUCCUCCAGGCGCUCCUCCUCGCGUCGUCGGAGGGCCUGGUGCGGGUCGCGCUGAAGAAGCUGCCCGUCGACCAGAACGGCCGCGUCGCCGCGCGCCUCUCCGCCGAGGAGAGGCAGCGCCUCCUCCUCCGCGGCGCCAACGCCCUGGGCUCAGGCGGCGACGACGACUCCGACGUCAUCGCGCUCAAGAACUACAUGAACGCGCAGUACUUUGGGGAGAUCGGCGUCGGCUCGCCGCAGCAGAAGUUCACCGUCAUCUUCGACACCGGCAGUUCCAACCUCUGGGUGCCGUCCUCCAAGUGCUACUUCUCGAUCGCUUGCUACUUCCACUCGCGCUACAAGUCAGGGCAGUCAAGCACUUACAAGAAGAACGGAAAACCUGCUGCCAUACGCUAUGGAACUGGUUCCAUUGCUGGUUUUUUCAGUGAGGAUAGCGUUACAUUAGGUGAUCUGGUUGUGAAGGAUCAGGAAUUUAUUGAAGCUACAAAGGAGCCAGGGCUUACCUUCAUGGUUGCAAAAUUUGAUGGCAUUCUUGGGCUAGGCUUUCAAGAAAUCUCUGUUGGGAAUGCAACACCAGUGUGGUAUAACAUGGUGAAACAAGGUCUCAUCAGCGACCCUGUUUUCUCUUUCUGGUUUAACCGACAUGCUGAUGAAGGAGAAGGUGGUGAAAUUGUGUUUGGUGGAAUGGAUUCUAGCCACUACAAGGGUGAUCACACGUUUGUCCCAGUCACUCGGAAGGGAUACUGGCAGUUCAACAUGGGUGAUGUCCUGGUUGAUGGAAAGUCCACUGGGUUUUGUGCCGGUGGCUGUGCAGCCAUCGCAGAUUCUGGAACUUCCUUGCUUGCUGGCCCCACAGCCAUAAUUACUGAAAUCAAUGAAAAGAUUGGUGCUGCUGGUGUAGUCAGCCAAGAGUGCAAGACUGUUGUUUCUCAAUAUGGACAGCAGAUCCUAGAUCUUUUGCUAGCUGAGACACAACCAGCGAAGAUCUGUUCUCAGGUUGGUCUGUGCACUUUUGAUGGCACCCAUGGUGUCAGCGCUGGAAUUCGGAGCGUAGUGGAUGAUGAAGCUGGGAAAUCAAAUGGUGGUCUCAAGAGUGAUCCAAUGUGCAAUGCUUGUGAGAUGGCUGUGGUAUGGAUGCAGAACCAACUUGCCCAGAACAAGACACAGGAGCUCAUCCUGAACUACAUUAAUCAGCUUUGCGAGCGUCUUCCGAGUCCGAUGGGAGAAUCAGCCGUGGACUGUGGCAGUCUUGCGUCCAUGCCUGACAUUGCGUUCACCAUUGGAGGCAAGAAGUUCAAGCUGAAACCAGAGCAGUACAUUCUGAAGGUUGGUGAAGGACAGGCUGCCCAGUGCAUCAGCGGAUUCACAGCUAUGGAUAUCCCACCACCCCGUGGCCCUCUCUGGAUCUUGGGUGAUGUUUUCAUGGGAGUCUACCACACCGUCUUCGACUAUGGCAAGCUGAGGGUUGGCUUCGCAGAGUCGGCCUAGGGAUAUGGUUUGGCAGCAACCCGUCCAGAGGCAAACGCGUAAUUUGUGUGUUUAUGCGACCGGCGAUGUGUGUAUAUAUGCUACUACAUGUUUAGUGAUGCUUUCCGAGACCUGAGACAACGCCCGUCUGUUUUAACGUGGCGCAAGAAUAAUUCUGGUUCUGGAUGUAUUCUCCGUACACAAAGGCGUGUCUGAUGCAAUGGUGACCAUCUUGCGGUUGCGUGUUUGAAAUA